AUGCCGCAAACUCAAGACCGAUGUCGACAGGCCCAGCCAGGAGGUGCUCGACCCAUCACCGAAGUUCAGAAUGUGGUCCAGUUCUCCACGGAAUACAACAUGCGCCUCACCGUCCUGACGACGGGCCACGACCAGCUGGCCCGUAGCGAUGCCGGGUCUGGGCUCCUCAUCGACCUCUCGCUGCUUGACGGCGUCAGGGUGUUGGAAUCCUUCACUGCGACUGAGAAGCGGCAGGUAUUGGUAGACCCGAAUACCGAGGUGAACGUCAUCCAGCCGAAGGAGGGUGUACAGGCGGCUGUAAUGUUUGGUCCGGCGAGGGCAGGGCUACCACUGAACUAUGCGCUUGGCGAGUCGGGCUUGUUCUCUUUUGCCAACUAUAGGGAGCUUUUCGACACCACGAACGGGCCGCUGCAGGCCGAGCCAGCGCCGCCCACCUACCGGAGGAACCGCGGCGUCGUGCCAUUUGACAGCCGGCUCCUGGCGGCCGAGCAACUGACAGGCACUACGGGAAGACACGGCUAA